CUAUGUUGCCGUCUUUCCCUUCCUUUUCUUCCUCACAUGCUUUUCCCUCCCUCACCGUCACCGCCCAAUUCGCUCUCAGAAACCCUUCUCUCUUCAAUCAUCUCAUUCCCAAGUCAGGUAUUCUUUCCCCACCUGGGUCUCUCUCCCCUAACCCAAACGAAAGUCUCCUCCUUUGCCUCAAUCAGAUCUUAAGUCCUCUCAAACUUUUCUUAAAUAAAAAAACCCUUCUUUCUUCUUCAACCCACCAUUAAAGAUCAAAUCUUUGCAUCCAAUUCCAUCUGGGUUCUGUACAUGGAUCCCGGACCAACGUCAAAAUCGGUUCUUUCCGGGUUCCUCAUACUUCUCUCUUUGAUUCUACAUGUUUCCGGCAACUUCGUUUUUCCGGUGAGUCACAAGUUCCAGGGCCUACGCGGCCGGUGGUCGUUGACUGAUUUGAAGGCCCACGACGCUCGGCGCCACGGCCGCAACCUCCUCACUGUUUCUUCCUCCGCCGUGGAUCUGGAAUUGGGCGGCAACGGCCAUCCUUCUGAGACCGGUCUCUAUUUCGCUAAGCUCGGAAUCGGAACUCCGGCGAAGGACUACUAUGUCCAAGUUGACACAGGCAGCGACAUUCUGUGGGUCAACUGCAUUGAGUGCGCCACUUGCCCCAAGAAAAGCGAUAUUGGGGUCAAGCUAACGUUGUAUGAUCCGAAGGGGUCUUCGAGUUCGGAACUGAUCAGUUGUGAUCAGGAGUUUUGUACUGCGCAGUAUGGUGGUCAGUUGCUGGGUUGUAAGCCGGAGUUGCAGUGUCAAUACAAUGUGGUGUAUGGCGAUGGGAGCUCGACAGUAGGCUACUUUGUGAAGGAUGUGAUUGAAUUUGAUAGGGUGAGUGGGAGUCAUCAGACUUCUGUGACGAAUGGGAGCAUUGUUUUCGGGUGUGGAGCUAAGCAGUCUGGGCAGCUAGGGAAGUCGUCCGAGGCGCUUGAUGGGAUUCUUGGAUUUGGACAGUCGAAUUCGUCUAUGAUUUCGCAGCUGGCUGCAGCUGGGAAGGUGAAGAAGCAGUUUGCGCAUUGUUUGGAUAAUGUGAAUGGUGGUGGGAUUUUCGCCAUUGGGGAAGUUGUGGAGCCGAAACUGAAGAUGAAUAUGACUCCAUUGGUGCCGAAUACUGCACAUUACAAUGUGAUCAUGGAAGCCAUUGAGGUGGGGGGUGAUGUUGUCGACCUGCCCUCGGAUACGUUUGAUAGUGGAGACAAGGAAGGGACCAUUAUCGACAGUGGUACCACUUUGUCUUAUCUUCCACAGGUGAUUUAUGAGCCUGUGAUGAAAAUGAUACUUGGCAAGCAACCCGAUUUGAAGUUGCACACUGUCGAGGAACAGUUCACAUGUUUUCAGUAUAUGGAGGAUGUUGAUGAAGGGUUUCCAGUGGUGAAGUUUCACCUCAAGAACUCGGUUUCCCUUUCGGUGUAUCCCCAUGAGUAUUUGUUUCAGCUGAAAGAGUAUGUAUGGUGUGUUGGGUGGCAGAGCAAUGGGAUGAAAACCAAAGAUGGGGGCUCCAUGACUCUUUUGGGAGAUUUGGUGCUCUCGAAUAAGCUGGUGUUCUACGAUCUUGUGAAUCAGUCCAUCGGCUGGAUUGAUUACAAUUGCUCUUCAAGCAUCAGAGUGAAAGAUGACAAUUCAGGGGCAAUAUACACUGUUGCUGCACACAACAUUUCUUCUGCUUCAGGUUUGUUAAUAGGUGGAAGAUUAUUGACAUUCUUGUUAUUUGUAAUUUAUAAGCUGCAACAAAUAUCUUUAUAGUUAAAUUUGUUCAAUAUAGCACAGCAUUCUUUGAUUUUGGACCAUAAUUUAUCAAUCAAUAAGAAUGUGUUUGCUCAGUGUGGUGCAAUGUAUUCUCUAUUCUGAGGAUACAUUGUGCUCUGAUACUUCAGUUCAAAAUUUAUCUGAUACAUAGGAUAUGGGAAUGUUUAGUUGGUGAAAUGGAAGUGUGAGUGAAGUGAUAGUUUUUGGUUUGCAGAUUGAGAAUAUGGUGUUUGGAAGAGAGUGGAAAUUUGGGGUUUAAGAGAAUGGAUUUUAGAAUGAUUUUCUGAAAAUCCAUAUUGUUUAAGCUCUUAUUUUCUGAUUGCUCUGUAUAAGCUCUUAUUGCUAAUUGGAUUUCAAGGAUCCCUUGUUUGCUUCA